AUGGACCUGGGCGGUCUGUCGGGAUUACUGUUUAUCUUCAUCAACCUAUGCCUGGCCAUUUUCUAUCUUACACAGCUUAUCAUUUCAAAUAAAGCGAAUCGCGUUUUGAAAAACCGUUGGAUGCGGCAACAUUUUCUCGAUUUGGUCAAUGUACGUUCUGGUCUGUUAGGCGCAUUAAUUGGCGAAUCGUUUACGCUGGCCAUUCUAUUAAUUUUAUUAUGGUGGGUUGUGCAUCGAUUUGGGGUGCGUGAAAAAUAUCGCUUGUUGCAUAUUCGACAUCUCGCCGAGGAUAGUUCAUCCAAUCGAUUCGUCGACAACUCCAAUACCUCUCGGUUGAACAUGCUGGGUACUGUCCGGAACUCACGAUACCUACAACGACUUGCCCAAGUCUUAGAAACAUACGGGUUAUCGUUUCGACGACAAUUACGGUUAGCUUCGGAACCGCAGCGGAUGGAAAUGCAAAAUGUCAGUGACACCAGGCGUCAAAACCAAGCCGCGCCUGCGGAUGAACGUUCGCGAAGCUCAAGACUCCAAACGACUGGGGAUUCUGAAAUGGAAACUGAAACGUUAUUGCAUGAUUUCGGUAUUGAGGGUGGUGUGGAAAGUGCCACUUGUCAGUGGAAAGAUCCAGAUUCCGUGUUAGCACACCCGGGAGAUGGAUAUGCCAGUUCAAGUCAGAUGCCAAAUAUGAGAACUAGCGAAAUUCAUGUGAUCCAAAGCAUUCCCACAAGGCGUUGGUCAGCCACUUAUUCGCACACUGUAUGUUUGUUGUGCGUUUACGGUUUGAUCUUUCUCAGUCUAGUUGUACCGCACUGUAUCCUGCAAAUCGCAUUGAAUGUGUUACAACAAAAUUUGGCAGUCAAUUUUGUCCGACUAAGCCAAUCCCAUACCAAAUGGGCUUUGAAUGAAUUUGUCAACAAAACGGAUGAGGACUAUGAUAUCUGGUACACGUUACGCGACAGUUUUGGUUGUCACACGGAAGGAAAUAACAGUUAUUGUUUUCAAACAAAAGAAGAAACUCAUCUGGACGAAUAUGCAUUGGUUCAUCUUUGUGCUGAAUCGAUGCGCGUUCCAGAUACCUUCGAAGAAUCCCUUCCCGCCUGUAGUCCGAUCGUGUAUGAUUGGAUUGAAAGACACAAAUGGCAUUCCACUAUUCGGUUGACUGUAUUCAUACUAAGCUAUACAAUUUGUGUCAGUCUGAUUAUUCGUACAGUGACAUGGCCAAUUGCUUCCAGUACAUGUCAGACCUACCCUCGAGUGGAUUGGUGGAAAGGAGCUGGAUAUCGAUCAUUGCCCUCAUCUGAUGAGUCAAAGAGACCGGGUAUUUUCGGACAGCCUUUGUAUAGAUGCAAUCGAUCCGGUCCGUGGAUUGAAGGACAAAACCAUGGUUAUUGUCGAUUUUAA